UACAACGGAUCUUAUUUUGUAUUUGUAUUAGUUGGUGUAUGAAUCUAUUUCUGUGUUCUUUAGUUUCCUGUUCUUCUCCAGUAAAGAAGCAUGCAACACUCCCUGUGUCCUGGUUACAUUAAAAACUCUUAUUGAAAAAUAAGUAACAGAUUUAACACUGGCGACAAGGAUUAAACUGUUCUUCAGCAUGGCUCCAGGUAUCAGUGGAGCACAAGUGGGCUGACACAGCACAAUUGUGGGGUGCAAACAGGAACAACUCAUUCAGACUGCCAGCGGCACCUAACUUGAAUAAAAGGAGCACGGUUCGGCAGUGAGGAUAAAGCAAGAAUCGUGACAACCAUCAAUGCUACAGUGGUUCUUGUCCAUGAAAUAAAUGAUGAGGUCCGUAGCUGACUACUGUGAGGUCACCUUUUCUCCAAACUUCUACUACAAGGCAACGAUCAAAGAUGAACCACAGCAUUAGGAGUGGGCCUACUCCAUGACACAACAUUGGAAGGGAACAUCAAGCAAACUACAUUGCUGACUACAAGGCCACCUUGACUCCAAACUUCUCAUGGCAAUCAUAAAAGAUGAACUACAGCAGUGGGAGACCCAGGACAGUGAUAGAAAAAAGCAGUACUACUCGUCGGCCAGUAACUCCUAUCACAUCUGAUGAUGAUGACGCUGCGGAAGCAGGUCCAUCAAAAGAAGUUUGGAGCAGCAGAAGUGGCACUUCUGAAAGACAUCACCACAAAAAACCUGUGGCCGAAAAGAAAGCAAGGUCGUAUGUCCCGACCCAAACACAGCAGGCUACCCCGCCACGAAGAUUAUCGUCCGUAUGUUCUGUCCCCCCACUCCAAAUUUUGGACACACCUCCAAGACGUCAUCCACACUCCCCUCAUCUUGAUUCUUCUAGUCCUGGGAACAGCAUCCCUCCGCAACAACAGCAACACAGAGACAUGGAGGAGACAAACAUCUUAGAAAUGCAGCCAUUAAUGCAAGGAAUGAGCCCCCCAGCACCUGUGAGUACACCACCACAGCAAAGCACACCACCACCACAACACAGCCCAACAACACCAGGAACACAAGGCCCUGAUCAGGUGUUUUGGACCAUUUGGGCUAGACAGCAGGCCACUAAUGAAGAUUGCCUGCGUAAGCAGACACAAAUGUUUGCAAGCCUACCAUCUCACCUCAGAAGAAUAUCAAGAAAUCUGAGUAGACAAAAUGAACAAACAACCAGAAUAGGCAAUACCAUGGAACUCAUGCGUACAGACAUUACACAGGUCAUGGGCAACUUACAGCGCAUAAUGGAAGAACAGCACAGACAACAGCAAAGUUAUAUGAGCAUUUUUCAAAACAAUCAAAAGAUUAAUGAAAGUUUAUUCCGAAUAGUAGACAAUCAAAUUGCUGCUACACGUGAACUCAAUUCCACCCUCACUAACCUGAAUGAAACACUCAGAUGCAUGCACCAACAGCAAACAAGCAGCAGUUCUGGUACGACUACUCCAAAUAUCACGCCAGUCUCAUCACCACCAAGACGCUCCACCAGAGCAUGACAACAUGACAGUGCUAAAGGCAAAGGGCAGGACAAGCAGCCACCUAAAAAAACGUGAAAAAAAUACAAGUUAGACAUUUGGGAUAAGUAACUCAAAACAGUUAGUAAGUGUAUUUUUGGUGAAAAAUAUAUAACACUUAGUAGCUCCUUGACACUUUUUUCAACAUCAUUAAUUAUAAGUGCUACAAACAAAAACAAAACAUUUGUACGCACACUUAGUCUUUACCAUUUUUUUUUUGGUAUUGGAGGAGGGAAAUGUUGAUGGAGCCACACAUACAUGUUAGCAGGAAGUAAACUGACCACUUGAUUUUUUUCUAAUCAUUACUCUUUCUAGAUUCCAAUCAUUCUCUUUUCCUGCAGACAAUCCAAAUUACAAUGUUAUUGAUACAUAUUUUAGCUUUCUUCUCUAUACAACAUUACAAGAAGAACACAAUUGAGUUGCGUAAAAAACUUGUAAUAUGUUGCCUUUGUUUUUUUAUAAAAACAUUGUCAAAAUCAAUGUCAGUAUUGUUGGGCCAUGUUUGUGUGUGUUAAAAUUAGUAAGAAUGUUUUUACACAUGAUGCUGAAACAAACAAAUAUGUACUUUUACAACAAAAAACAAAAAAUGUGUAUAAUAAUGUAUGUGUGGCAAACUGUGUAUUUACAUACACAUACAGCAUCAAACAUUAGGAAAUAAAUUAUUCCUGAUUACAGUAAGUUUGUGUGUCUUAAAUAUGAUGGUGCAUCACACAUAGGGACACAUGUAUUCCUCAAGGCUAACAUAUUAUAUGUUGA